GCUCUUCCUGUAAGCGGCCAGAGGUGACCCGUGAAGAUGGUUCGCUACUCUCUUGACCCAGAAAACCCUACAAAAUCAUGCAAAUCGAGAGGAUCUAACCUUCGGGUUCACUUUAAGAACACCCGUGAAACGGCCCAGGCCAUCAAGGGUAUGCAUAUCCGAAAAGUCACCAAGUAUCUGAAAGAUGUCACUUUGAAGAAGCAGUGUCUGCCAUUCCGACGGUACAAUGGUGGAGUCGGUAGGUGCGCCCAGGCCAAACAGUGGGGCUGGACACAGGGUCGUUGGCCAAAAAAGAGUGCGGAAUUUUUGUUGCACAUGCUAAAAAAUGCAGAGAGCAAUGCUGAACUGAAGGGUUUAGAUGUAGACUCUCUGGUCAUUGAGCACAUCCAGGUGAACAAAGCCCCUAAGAUGCGCCGAAGAAUUUACAGAGCUCAUGGCCGGAUUAACCCAUACAUGAGCUCUCCCUGCCACAUUGAGAUGGUCCUCACUGAAAAGGAACAGAUUAUGUUGACAGAUUUUUACAAACGUCCAGACCCACAGAAAUCCUGCCUGAAGCCUACUCCCUCUGAAAUCCAAGACUCACACCUACGCUCUCAAAGCUCUCUGGUUCCUGCCAACUCCCUAGGAGGUCUCACAUUCACCAGACCUGCUGAUGACCUGGCUCAGGCCUAA